AUGGCUUCACCCAGGCCUAAUGCGACUCCUACGGCGGCACCAUCUGCUCCUUCAACACAGCCAAUUACGCCCCCUGCCGAACCUAUACCAUCAAACCCAGCUGCGCCAACAACCACUACCCCAGCGCAGAUACCUUCUACUUCACUCCAAGAUAGCGGCAAAAGCAGACGACCUCGAGAUGCACGAUUAAUCCAUAUGCUAUUGGCCUCGCUCGGCGUCACUUCCUAUCAGGAACGAGUCCCGCUCCAGCUCCUUGAUUUCGCAUACAGAUACACCUCUAGCACGUUACAAGACGCGGUAUACCUGGCAACUGAGGGCUAUCCUGGGGAACUACAAAAAGAUGGCGGCGGCCGAAGCCAUGCGCAUCAAGAUGGUAGCAAUGGCGUUAGCCUAGGUGCGCUGCGAAUGAGCAUAGCUUCACGGUUGCACUAUCAAUUCCAGCCAGGCCUGCCCAAGGAAUUCCUAAUGGACCUUGCAGCGGAACGUAAUAGGAUUAUGCUACCUGGUGUCUCGAGGGGACAAGAAGGAGGGUCAGGUAGCGCUACAGCUUCAGGACAGGAGACUAUGAUGGGUGGUAUACGGCUGCCACCGGAGCGGUUCUGCUUGACAGGAGUAGGAUGGGACAUGAAAGGGGAAUGGGAGAGUGAAGGCGAAGAGGAAAUGGAUGUGGAUACGCAAGCUGCCGGCGCCGGUGCGUCUGCCGAAAAAGACGCAGAAGAAAGGGAAGAGGAAGACGAUGAUGAAGAUGGGCGGAUGGAAGACGUCUUUGGACAUACUUCAACUGCGGAUGCUGAAAAGGACGAAGACAAGACUAUGACGGAUGUCUGA